AUGAAGUCCAUUCCCGACACCUUCAAGACUCUGGGAUCAUCGAUUGCGCAGUUCAAAUGGGAUAAAAGUUCGGGAAAAGACGUGACAAAGACAAUCAGCGAGGAACAAAUCGAUUUUUCAACUAAACAAGUUAUGAUUCGUUUUGAGAGUUCGCUGAUGCAACACUCCGCGUCGCGUGGUCCAGGGAUGUCGGAUGAUGAGCCAUGGAAGACGUCAGAGACUCAGAAAUCAGAUUCAGAACCAACAACACAAAAAGAAUCGGAUUCAGAUGACGUUGACGUUGACAAAAAUCAACUUGUAGAAAGUUUCAAUUUGGAAUAUGUCAGAAAAGUGUUCAAUGAGAUUGGAAACGAGUAUAUUAAGAAGAUGAGAGACGCAGACAAGAGUGGAGAGGGAAGAGUCAUGAAAGGAUCGGAUAUCAAGUUGCUAUUAUACAUGCGAAACAUCACUGACGAGCUUCGAGAAGGAUGUUCCACUUUCCAACUGCCCUUGAAAAGCAUCGUUAUCAGAUUUGACAAAGAUCGGGUCAACCUAACUGGAGUCACUCUAUCUGGAAAUUACAUCGACUACGUUUAUGGCUACGAUAUUCAACAAGUCCUAGUAAAAUUCAAAGCGAGUAUGACGUGGUUCCAAAGCAACGAGACGAUGCUCGAGUCGGAUUUGUUGUUCCUUCUAUCUAAUGCGAAUUUGGAGCUUCUGAAAAUUGAAACCACUCGAAACGGACCGAAUAGUAUGAUGCUCUCCACCUUUGGAAGUGUAUUUGCUCAGUUGAAAUCGACAAUUUCGUUUAUCACAACUGGAAAACUGCAUUUAGCUUUCUCUGAUCUACAAGAACCCCUCUAUAGUGAUCAGGUGGCAUUGGAACGGAUUCUGGAGUGUAUGAAGCCUGAGGCUUUGCAUCAAAUUGAGCUGACAUCUGGUGUGAAAGAAGAAGAGAUCAGUUUGAAAAAUGUGGCGAAUAUGGACCAAUGGAAAUUUGCGAAGGAUCUGAUUGUGAAGAAUACGAAGAUGGAAUUCUUGUGGUCCGCGAUGACGUGUUUUGAAUCUCUAGAUCUGUAUGCGUAUGGAGAUGAGGAAGUUGUCCCAAUGAUUCAGGCGCUCAUUAAAAACCCACCAAAAGAGAGCCUAUUCAUUGUCACUGGGCAGCUACUGAAUCUCGCCAGAAUUCAAACCCGCAUUUUGAAAGCAUUCAAAGGAAUUAAAGUGACCGCUGACCAGAGGAAGUUCGUGUUUCAAACGAAACUCAAUUCCAACAUUAUUGUCUCGAUUGGCCGCUGCGAUGUUACCGUAACGAGUACUCAGUGA